UUGCGGUGGGCGGGGCCUCGGCGGUCACGUGAUGUUUGGGUGCCGGCGGUGAGGGGCGCGCGGCGGCAGGAACAAUACUGCUGAGCUGGGCCUUGGGUCCAUUGGGUUAUUGCUGCCAAGUUCCCAACAAGUGGCUCCACAGCACAGCAGAAUAAAAUUGUGGAUUAGAAGAAAGUCUUGUGUGCCCAGGAGAGCAGGACUUGGGAAGCAGCUGGUAAAUUUUGGAUCUCGGGUUGCAUUUUGUGAUGAAGGUUGUGCUGGUAGCUCUGAACUCACCUGAGACCUGGGAGAGCUGAGGUUUGUUCCCAAGUCCAUCUCAGACUUCCCAACUUCAUCUUCAGCUGAAUCUUGUUUGAAGUGUAAUCCAGCAUCCAUCACUAUCCAGAAAAUGUCAUAUGGAUCCAUUGAUGGGAGUGGAUUUGGGAGCAGGAACCCAUUUGGAGGCCCUUCCAGACAAGGCUAUCAACCCCUCGCCACUCAGAUAGAUCCCAGUGAGCUGCAGGAACUUUUUCAGGAGACUUCAGCCAAUGUCUUCCGAAUUAACUCCAAUGUGACCUCUCUGGAAAGAAGUCUUCGAUCCCUGGGGACCUCAAAUGAUACUCAAGAACUGCAGGAUGGACUGCAUGCCACCCAGCAGGAGACUAAUAAAACCAUCACGACUAGCACCAAAGCCAUCAAGCAGCUGUCUGAGGUUGUCAGAGGCUCAUCCAGGCAAGAAAGGCUUCAGCUGGACAGGCUGAAGAACCAAUUCUCAGAUGCCAUCCAGAGAUACGGAGCUGUGCAGAAAAAAAUAGCAGAGAAAUCCAAAGCUUUACUUCCUACUGGGCAGAGAAGCACCAAACAGCAGAGCCCUAAGGCCCCCUUCUCUGACCUGCCUGAUGAUGAGAAGAUCUUUAACGGAGGCGAUGGCGUGUGGCAGAACCAGGGCCAGGACCAAGCCUUGCUCUCGGAAAUCACGGAGGAGGAUUUGGAAGCCAUCCGCCAGCGGGAAGAGGCCAUCCAGCAGAUUGAGAGUGACAUGUUGGAUGUGAACCAGAUCAUCAAAGACCUGGCCUCCAUGGUGCACGAGCAAGGGGACGCAAUAGAUAGCAUUGAAGCCAACAUUGAGGCCUCUUCUUCCAACGUAGAAUCAGCCAAUGAGCAGUUGGCAAAAGCAAGUCAGCACCAACUACGAGCCAGGAAGAUGAAGUGCUGCCUUCUCUCCAUCGCUUUGGCUGUUCUGCUGCUCGUUGUCAUCAUCAUCGCGGUCUCCGUCAAGCGCUGACCUGGCUGAGCUUUGCACAGAGCCUGUGGUCACCCUGGGAAGUGGAAUGGAUUCUCAAGGCACUGCACAUCCAGGCCCCACGUCCGUGUCUGCAUUUCUGAUCAAAUCAUAUUAAACCUGCUGUAACCAUCAAGCACUAAUUGUAUGAAAGAAAAGCUAAGUUUUAUACUGUGUGUUGGCAUCAUUGUGAAUAAUUUUGCCUAUUUUUCCCCCUCUUCGUCAUAGGCAUGUUUUACCUUACGUUACAGAUUUUAAUUAUGCCCCCUGUAUCCAGGGAAUUCUAUUUCUCUGCCUCCAGAUUUGCUAUACAAUGUGCUGUAAGAUAAGUAGCUGUUCAUUCAUCUCUGUUGUUUGUGUUUUUAACAUGCUCCUGAUCUCCAAUUCUGCUCAUUUAAAACCAUGAAAGUCAGUCAAGAUGUUUGUCUGGUUAGUUUCUUUUUUUUUUUUUUUGUUACUGUUUUUAUAUGUUUAAAAAUUAAUUUAGCUCAGAUUCCCCUACUGUGCACUGCUGCUUUAGAAUUUGCUCUGCUGCAUCUGAGCUAAGCACUUCCACAAUUUCAUGUGCCGUUUAAAGCACAUCAAUUAGAUGCUUAUUUGAUCCCACUGUAUGCACAGAACACCGUAAUUAUUCAUGAGAAACAUCACUGAAAGAGCAGGACAAAUAAACAAAACAUUGUUUUAUGAUUUUUGGUGGCCUUUAAAAAAAAAAAAAAGCAAGAUAUCUCAUGAAAAAUGUCAAAUCUUUCUUAGACUUCAUUUAAUAGGUUUCAAUGCAACCAUUUGCGAGUUUGUUCCAUUUUCAUCCAUAAUGUUUUUUCCUGACAACAUGAUUGAAAAUGCCAUUUAAAUUCAUCUUUAAAUGUGUCAUGUGUUAUAAAUGCAGUUUUCCUCCAGUAAAUAAAGCAUUUCAAAAACGGUUUUAAUUAAAAUGCCAUAAGAUUUAUUGAAGAGAAUUUAACAAAAUUAUAUAUUUUUUACUCUUUGGGAAAA